AUGGGAGGAACAAGGGAUAGGCGGAUUGUGGGGUUUUCGGGGACUUGUGCUGCGGUGGACCGGGCUGCUAUGAGAGCUAGAGAGAGAGAGAGAGAGAGAAGAGAGAGAGAGAGAGAGAGAGAGAGAGAGAGAGAGAGAGAGAGAGAGGACGAGAGAGAGGACGAGAGAGCGAGAACGAGAGAGUGGACGAACGAGAGAGAACGAACGAGAGAUUUGACAAAAGAGAACGAGAGAACGACAGAGACGGAACGAGAGAGAGAGAGAGAACGAGAGAGAGAGAGAGAGAAGAGAGAGAGAGAGAGAAGAGAGGAGAGAGAGAGAGAGAGAGAGAGAGAGAGAGAGAGAACGAGAGAGAGAGAGAGAGAGAGAGAACGAGAGAGAGAGAGAGUACGAGAGAGAGAGAGAGAACGAGAGAGAGAACGAGAGAGAGGGAACGAGAGGGAGAACGAGAGCAUCGCCAAUUUGGGGGGGCCCACCACUUAA